AUGGCCAAAAAGACAGUCGAAGACCUCACCGCCGAACAGCUGAAGGGCAAGAAAGUCCUUGUGCGUUGCGAUCUGAACGUUCCGCUUGAUGGAAAGAAGAUUACCGAUGAUACACGAAUUCGAAGUUCCAUCCCAACGAUCGAAUACUUAAAAGGCAAGGGCGCCAUUGUCACUGUCUGCUCUCACUUGGGACGCCCUAAGGAUGGACCAGAGGACAAGUUCUCCCUCGGGCCUUGCGCCGAACGCAUGGGAGAGCUUCUUGGCCAAAAAGUUACUCUAGCCCCAGAUUGUAUCGGUGAUGCCGUUGCUGAGAUUGUCAACGCCGCCAAGGAAGGUGACGUUGUCAUGCUUGAGAACACACGUUUCUACAAGGAAGAAACAAAGAACGAAGCUGGGUUCGUGGAGAAACUCGCAGCGCCAUUUGACCUAUAUGUCAAUGAUGCCUUUGGAACUGCCCACAGAGCACACGCAUCGACGGAAGGUGUCACAAAGUUCUUGAGUCCCUCUGUCUCUGGUUUUCUAUUGGCCAAGGAACUCGAAUAUCUCGACGGAGCUGUCAACAAUGGCAAGAGCCCUAUUGCUGCCGUUGUCGGUGGCUCCAAGGUUUCCACCAAGAUCACCGUCCUUGAAGCCCUUCUCGACAAGUGCGAAGUCAUUAUUAUUGGCGGAGGCAUGGUCUUUACUUUCUUGAAGGCCCAAGGACUUGGCGUUGGAACUUCUUUGGUUGAGGAUGACUUUGUGGAAACUGCCAAGGGUGUCCUCGAAAAGGCCAAGAAAAUGGGCAAGACCGUCUUGCUUCCUAGCGACAUUGUGGUCGCUGACAAAUUUGCAGCAGACGCCAAUUCAAAGGUCGUCGCUGUCGAUGCCAUUCCAGAUGGCUGGAUGGGUCUCGAUAAUGGUCCCAAGACUACUGAAGAGCAAAAGGCUGCUCUCUCCACCUGCAAUACCAUUAUCAUGAAUGGUCCAAUGGGAGUCUUUGAAAUUGAACAAUUCUCCAAGGGAACCUUUGCGUUGAUCAAUAUCAUGGCCGACUUGACCAAGGAAAAGGGCACCAUUACCGUUAUUGGUGGAGGUGAUUCGGUUGCUGCUACGGAACAAUCGGGCCGAGCUCCUGAUAUGAGCCACAUUUCCACUGGCGGAGGGGCCUCCUUGGAACUUUUGGAGGGUAAGGUCCUUCCAGGAGUUGCCGCCUUGGAUGACAAGUAA